AUGAACGAGUUCUGUCUGCUAUUCUUCUGGUUUUCCAUAUUUUCGUUGUUCUUUUCAUAUUGUAAUUCAGCCAUUGUUACUACUUCUUUUGGUCAAUUGGAUGGAGAUGAUGUUGGAGAAUUUCUAUUGUUCAAACGAAUUCCAUUCGCCAAACCACCAGUUGGAAAAUUGAGAUUUCAAAAACCAAAAGCUCCUGAAAAAUGGGAAGGUUUAAGAAACGCAAAAGAAUAUGGUCCAGCAUGUAUGUCAAACUCUACAACAUCAACAAGCCCACAAAAAUGGGUUGAUGAAGAUUGUCUUCAUGUGAAUGUAUUCACUUCAAAGAAAUGUUUGAAAUCUAAAGAUUGUGCUGUUGUAACCUACUUACAUGGUGGAGGUCUUCUUUAUGAUUCCGCCGUUAUGUUUAAUGAUACUUAUCUUUUGGGAACUUUUGUUAAUCAAGAUGUAAUACUUGUGAUUCCGGCUUUCCGUCUUGGAAUCUUUUCUCACUUUGUUGUUCGUGAUCAAUCCAUUGCUCCAAACAAUUUGGCUCUUUAUGAUAUUAUUCAUGCUUUGGAAUUCGUCAAAUCUGAAAUUCGAAACUUUGGAGGAGACAACAAAAAAGUAACAAUAAUGGGGCAUUCUUACGGUGGUUCUCUGACUGCGAUUCUUACAUUCAGCACCAAAAUUAAUACGGAUUUGAGUCUAUUUCAAAGAGCCAUCAGCAUGUCUUCUGGUCAUGAUUUUCAAAAUUUUGAAAUUCAAGAGCAGAAAACCAGAUACUUUGCCGAAUUUGCCAACUGUAUUAUUCCAGAAGAUCUUGGAAUUAAUAUGACUUCGAAUCAGAGAGAUUUGUAUAUGAUGAAAUGUUUACAAAACAAAGACUCACAUGAAUUAUUGAGAUUGCAACGCAAACUAGAAGAAGAAGGGUAUCCCACAUUUGCGUUUGCCAUUCAACGAGAACCACUUUUCCAAGAUGUACCGUAUCAUCAUUUCAUGGAUACCCCGAAACACGUUCCAAUGUUAACUGGAUGCACAGGAUAUGAAAUGGAUCACGCACCAGCUGAUAAGCCAAUAGGAGAAGGUAUUGGAUAUGAAAACCCGAUUGAGGUAUAUGCGAAAUAUCGAAUGGAUUUGAAGAAUGGGAAUUAUGAUUUCUCUAAUCACUCUGAUGAAACUCAAGCUAUUAUGGUUCAAGAAAUUAUCAGAGCUCAACGCUUGCAAUCAAAUGGAGUGCCUGUUUGUCCCAAGGUAUUUCUCUACGAAUACACCUACCCAAAACACGCAAGGCAUACUGAUGAUCUGUUCUAUUUAAUGGGUGUUCAUCGGUUUGAAAAAGACGAGAAUGAAGAGAAGCUGGCGAGAGUUUAUGAGAGAUUCUUCAUGAAUUUUGCAAAGUAUGGAGAACCAGGAGAAGGAUUUGAGAUGGCAAAUGUAGAAAGGAGCUCAUAUUAUGAAGUUUACUGGAAUGAAACAACUGGUGAGAGACCACAAAUGAAGGAUAGAUUUGAGGAGAGGAUAAUCAAUUACUGGCUGAAAGACAUGAUAGAAUACGACAAAAAUGUUACAGCGCUAAAGAAAAAAUCGUUGGAACCAGUGAAACCUGCGCUGAGAUUCUAUAAGCCCACAUCUGAACAAUAUCAAUUAAAAUAUAUGUUCAUCAGUAUUUUUAUAGUUUCCGCUAUAUUUAUGGCCGGUUGUCUGUUCGGAAAAUAUUUCUGUUCAAAUAGCAAAAACAGAAAUCUAUACAUUCAAAUCGAUGGGAGAGACAUUCCAGCUGGAACUGUGAAGAAUUUCUAA